UUUGCGCGACCAUCAAUCGCCGUCGGAUCAACAACGACACUGAAUUACAACAAACAAUUUUCCACAAGUACGCUAUCAUCUAAUUCAACGAAUACAGCCAAUAACUCUUCCACCAUUGAAUCGACAAAGCCCACAGAAGCACCAAUUACCUAUAUUCUCAGACUGUGUCGUAAAAUUGAAUGCCCCAUGGGUAUGGUGCAAAAAGUGAGGAAAAGAAUUCUUCACUGGUGCUCUUAUAUGUGUGAAUGCGCCAAGGGUUUGGAAAUGAAGGGAUUAAAGUGCCAAAAGCCUAUUACGACUACUGAACUAAUGACGACUGUUCCAAAGAUAAUGGUUUACGUCCAACGAUCUUGCGGUGCAAAUAUGAUCUACAUUGAACGGUGUGAUUUUCAUCCUAUUUCUGGUCAUAUGAGAAAGUGCCAAAAAAUAUCCAAUUGCGUUUGUGACGUUCAACUCUAUUUUGCCAGUGAUGGCUUAUGUUUAAAAAUACCGAAGACGACCAAAAAUCCUGCACGACUUGCGAAAAAAGUAAAAAUGGCGGUACGAAUAUUAUAG